AUGCCAAACAAGAGUGCGGAAUCUGUCGUUCAGCCGCUCUGGAACCACGUCGUCUGCGUGUUUGGCCCCUGUCGGGAAUUGAUGUCGGAUCGAGCCAGUUUCGGGGUUUCGCCGAAUGUCAAGCAGCUGCAUCCAGUAGCCUACCGCCCGGCGCUCAUGGGACUGGUGGAAAGGUUCAACAAGGCGGUAAAGGACAUGCUCUCGACUAUGGUGCAGGAUAUCGAAGUGGACGCGACGGCGGAUGGCGACCCCUUGCCGGAGACGGAAGAGGUGGUGGAGCUUCGCCCGGUCGUGGGGACGGGACUCGAGCCGAUGGAAACAACUAGAUUAAGACGAAGUACGCGACAGCUGGCAGCGGCGAAUCGACAAAUGGAGGCUGAGAACAGCGAGCACCAAGCAGACGAGAUUGGCAUUCGACAGCGGAAGUAG